AUGGCCAGCAAGUCUGCUCGUUCGACCGUAAAACCACCUGAUCCUAGAAAGGUAUUUGUGACCAUGAUAUUCACAAAGAUUGGUGAGAUAGACACAGCGAAGGAGUGUUUCUCUGCGGAAAUCAUCAUUCAGUACAGGUGGAGGGAGGCCCUGCUCGAUGGCAAGACCAAAGAAAGGCGUUUCAUAGUGCCCAGUAGAGAGGCAGAUAUAAAAUGGCGGGUGACUGCUGACAGUAUUUACCCUUCGUCCGAAGUGUACAAUGUAGAUGUACACACGUGCAAUGUGCACUGUCUGAUUUGUAUCAUACGCUUAGUAGCUAUGUUAUCUGUGCGUAUGGAGUUGAAAAAAGUCAACAUAGACACUCUGUGGAAACCGAAAAUAUUUGUUGCCAACAUCCUGUCGGAGACACGAGACACGACGAUCAACACGGUCGCAUUUCCGAACGCCAACAACCAGGCCUUCAUGCUCUCACAGAAAAAAUUGAAAGGCAAAUUUUCAGAAUAUCUGGAGCUGCAGGAGUUUCCGUUUGAUGUACAGGACCUCUCCAUCAUGGUGAAGUCGAAGCUGAACACAACAGAUGUGGUCUUGGAGGAGGACCCGCAGACCCCUUCAGCCGUCAUCGUUAGCUCCUUCGUCAACGAGCAAGAGUGGAUAUUGAGGUCGGAUGUUAGGGUGGAAAAAGGACAAACCGAGGACAUCAUCGUGGGUGGCAAGGCAGUUGGCGGCAAGUAUCCCUUCCUUAUUUUUAAAUGUUCCGCCGAGAGGAGGUACCAGUACUUCAUAUGGAACGUCAUCAUCAUCAUGUUGCUGAUUUGUUUGAUGUCCUUCACGACGUUCGCAGUGGAAUACAAGCUGACUCCCAACCGUCUCCAGCUCACAUUCCUCCUCCUGCUCACCACCAUCGCCUUCAAGACCAACAUCAACAACUCCCUCCCCAAAAUUUCAUACCUCACUUACAUGGACAAAUAUUUCCUGGGUUCCUGGUUCAUCCAGUGCAUGAUGUGUUGCUGGCACGCGCUGGUUGGAGGUAUCCUCGUUAAGUACGACUGGUGCAUCUGGAUUGACAGAAUAUUUUUAAUCUUUUUUGUCUUUGCAUACUUCAUCUUUCUCCUCCUCUGCUUCUCAACCGUUUUCCGAAAUAAGCACAACAGACAUCGCUUGUUGAACGACGAGACAGAACCACUGAGGCACAGCCUAGCUAACUCGUCAUCAUCCAACUCCCACGUUCUCAACAACUUCUCAUUCAGUGAUAGUGACGAAGAUUUUUGA